AUGGCCUCAGAUACAGCGAUGACUGAAGCCUCUCCUGUUGAUACCUUGCCGCACCCAAACGACGGUGGCCGCAUGCAUAUGUCAUCCCUUUCUUCAUCAUCUUCCAUAUCCGACGCAGAAACAGAGCGUCGAGGCCGAUCAGAACGACCCCGAAUGGCGAGCCGAAAACCCAGUGCUUCUAUCCUUGUCCCUCGGGAUCACCCCGAAAUCGAAAUUGAGGAGGAGGAGUUCCCCCCAGACGACGCCCGCGCCAUGAGUCCCCGACGGAAUUCCGCCGAUUUAGAACGCUUGGGCAAGGAGGCCCGUCAAACUCUACAAGAACAAGCCAAGGCCCUUCAGUCAUCCCUCCAGGCUCUCGCCGAGCGUAUCGAUGCAGUGAAAUCGGACCACGACAAGUUGGAAAACGAAAAUAAAAUCCUACAAGACUACAUCGGUGGUCUCACCCGCAACAUGACCAAGAGCGAAAUGACCCGCAGUACGAAGGCCCGCAAAGCGCAGAAGUAAAUAGGCCAUCUCCCGAAGGGCAGAAUGUCGCAAGAUGGUCGAAGAUCCUAUUCCGUGAACAUCAAGCUGGGGGUUUUGCGACAGAAGGGGGUUUUCUCAAAAGUGCGCCCGACCGAUUCUACCGAGUUCCGAUUUAUCUUCACUUGCCCAUUACGAAGAAAUCCCUCCAUAUUUCUCUUCUCGCACAUCCGACUGGUCGCUCCAUGUUACAUGUCCAGGUCAGCAUGUUACGGUAUCAACAACGACAGGGUUGAGGUCUCUGAC